UUGUGGAGAACAACACAUGCCACAUUAAUGUCACAGGCCCUCAGGCGUUUCCCUGAGGUGACGUAGGCACUGAAGACGUGCUUUCAACAGACCUAUGGUCAUUUCCACCCGGGCUCUGGUUCUGCAGGGCCACAUUAAAGCGCUGCUGGGGGCCUGCUUCAGGCUGGUUUUAGCACACAACUUUAAAAGUUACGAACUUUUUCCCAACGCAUGUAUUUUAUGUAACUGGCUAUAAUACAAAAUAAAAACAUGGACGUUUAUUAGGAUGUUAUUUCUGAUAACGGGACAGUGACGUCCCAAGCAACGGCUCAUUCUGCUGCUUCUCCUGGAGCCAGAAAUGCAACAACUCGAAACGGUUUAUGCAAAAACAUAAACUACGAUAAAAUAAAAAGAAACUUUGCCAGAUGCCAAGAACCAAACAUAUGUAUUUAUACAUUUCUACUAUUUAAUGUUUGUCAAUAAUAUUUUAAAACGUAUUUCCUUAGUUUAGCCAUAUUACUUGUAGUUAAUUGGACUUUACAGUUUUAUAUAUAACAAGGCAGAGUGAGACCUCUGCUCAGUCCUAGAGGAUCAGGUCCGGGUUAGGCCACGCCCCCUUGCUCCAACCUGUGGAGAGGUAGUUAAGAAGUUCUCGCGCCAGGUCAAACACUGGAGACGGGAUGAGUCUGCCGGAAUUCAAAGCACCUCAGAAACAGUCCGCGCCCGCGGUCCCGCAACUUCCUGUGCAGUUAAACGUCGGCGGGCGCCUGUUCAGCACCACCCUGAGCACCAUCAGGAAACACCCCGAGUCCAAGCUGGCGGAGAUGCUCCGGGCUCAGAGCGACGCCACGGGAUGCUGCUUCAUCGACCGCGAUGGCUCCCACUUUGGAGCCGUCCUGCAGUUCCUGAGAGCAGAAACACUGCCCACGGACAACAUCAAGGAGGUUCAUAGAGAGGCCGUGUUCUACAACAUUAAGCCGCUGAUCAAGCGUCUGGAAGAAAGUCCGCAGCUGUUUGGAGAGCUGGUGGGACGGCAGCAGUUCCUGGCCAGAGUCCCACACUACAAAGAGAACAUAGAGGUGCUGAUUCGUAUCGCCAGAGCCGAGGCCAUCGCUGCGCGACACUCCACCAUCAUGAUGUGUGUCCUGCGGACGGAGGAGGAUCUGGGCUCCUAUGACAGCGCCGUCAGCAGCCUGGAGGCAGAUAAGGAGUCUGUGGUGACGUUUGGACCCUGGAAGGCCGGUCCCUCGGUCAAAGACCUGCUGGACUGUGUUAAGAUGGACAUCGAGAGUCAGGGCUACAGGGUGAGCAUCCAGCGCCACGUCGUGGACAAAGGCUUCGGGUUCCGGACAUACAACUUCUUCUACAAUCUCAUCUUCACAUGGUGGUGACGAGUGGCUUCCUCACAUAGAAAGGAAAGCACAGCUUCUGUAUGUGAUGCAUUUUAAAUAGCUCAACACCCUGAAACUACUGGUUACAGUGAAGCUUUUUGUGUAAUGUCACUGCACAUAAUCUUAAAUAAAACACUGACUACCCAGUAAAACUCAA